GUGUGGAAAGUGCUGUUUGCAGAAAGCAGAGCGAAGGAGACAGGCAGAGACAGAGCCCAUAGUGCUGACGUUGGAGGCCCAACCCUUGUGAGGUUGCAGAGGGUAAAUGCUACGGCGCUGGCUGGCGAGGGAGGCGGGGGCGGGGAAAGAGGCCCUGGACGCGUCCUGAUUGCUGGAGAGACGCCGUCAGUCUGCGAGGAUCCCCCAGUCAAGCCGAGCGCUGGGGAAAGAGCCACACUUCUCGCCUGCCCCAGCCGGAGUGCGAGCCGUGUGUGCCCGGCGAGCAGCCCCGCGUCCGCACGGUGCAGCAGCCAGCGAGCCCCAGCCCCUUUCAAUGGAGGAGCAGCCCGGCCCGCCCCAGCAGCAGCAGCAGCAGCAGCACCACCACCCCCACCACCCGCCGCACCACCACCACCACCAUUACUACUACUACAACCACAACCACCACCACCACCUCCACCUCCAGCAGAGCCCCUACCUGCAGCACGGCGCCGACGCCGGCCCCAAGGCCGCGCCCAAGCCGCUGCUGAAACAUGAGCCCAAGCACGCGGGCCCGCAGCCCCAGGACGCGCCGAAGAAGAAAACAGGCUAUGGAGAGCUAAAUGGUAACGCAGGAGAAAGAGAAGUAUCAUUAAAGGGCCUGUGUGCUGAUGAAACAACCAACCCAUCUUCCAGGGUACCAAAUGGCAGCCAGCAACUUGUAGACACUAAUGUAAACCCAAAGCAGACUAAGGCCAGCACCUUUGGGAAAGCUGGAAUCAAACCCAAGAACUUCAUUCAGAAAAACAGUAUGGACAAAAAGAAUGAAAAAAUUUAUGAGAAUAAACUUAGAGAAAAUCAAUCCUCAGACAAACCGGAGGCAGUGUCUAUUCCAAAUGGUGUUGUAACAAAUAGUUCUGGUUAUAUCACUAAUGGCUAUGUAGGCAAAGGGGCAGAUAACGAUGGCAGUGGGUCUGAGAGUGGCUAUACCACACCUAAGAAACGGAAAGGCAGGCGUAACAGUGCCAAGGGUUGUGAGAACUUGAAUCUGGUGCAGGACAAAAUAAUGCAACAGGAGGUCAAUACCCCAUCCUUAAAACAGGAACUUGAGAGUUUCAAGACCGACUAUAGUGAACAAAAGGGAAACAGAGUUGACAAUACUAAGCCAGUUUGGAAGUCUGAAGCUGGGGCUGGAGGAGCAGGCCGUGGGAAAACUGGGGUUGGGGAGGUGCAACGAAAAAACUCUGAUGCCAAACCUGGAAUUAGCAGCAAAAAGUUUGAUGACCGGCCCAAGGGGAAGCAUGCAUCAGCAGCUGCAUCAAAAGAGGACUCGUGGACCCUGUUUAAACCACCCCCAGUUUUUCCAGUAGACAACAGCAGUGCUAAAAUAGUUCCUAAAAUAAGUUAUGCAAGCAAAGUUAAAGAAAACCUCAACAAAGCAGCUCAAAACCCAUCUUCUUCUCUGUUGUCUUCAUCAUCGUCUUCAUCUACUGGAGAAACGCAGGCCCAAAUGCCAAGUCGACUGUCCCAAGUCCCUAUGUCUGCUAUGAAGUCUGUUACUUCUGCUAGCUUUUCAAAUGGGCCCAUUUUAGCAGGGACUGAUGGAAAUGUAUAUUCUCCAGGGACCCAGCCACUGCUCACAACUACUGCUAGUACUUUAACAUCAACCUCUUCUGAGUCAGUACACCAGGACAUAAGUACAACUUCAACAGCCGUUGAACAAAAGAAGUCUAGCCUUUUUAUCUACCCUUCAAAUAUGCAAUCUGUGCUUUUGGGCACAGCACAGGUGGAUCUGCCAUCUCAGACAAAUCAGCAGAACCUGGGGGAUAUCUUCCAGAACCAGUGGGGUUUAUCAUUUAUAAAUGAGCCCAGUGCUGGCCCUGAGACUGUUCUUGGGAAAUCAACGGAUAAUAAAAUAAUGGAAGUGACAUUUCAAGGGGAAUAUCCUGCCACUUUGGUUUCACAGGGUGCUGAAAUCAUUCCCUCAGGAACUGAACAACCUGUGUUUCCUAAGGCUUAUGAGCUGGAAAAACGGACUAGCCCUCAAAUACUUAGUGGUAUUAUAAAGCCUGGGACUGCUAGUGAGAUUGGAGUCUUGUCUUUGGAGCCACAUCACAUAGGUGACCUGCAAAUGGCAGACACCGGUAGCCAAGGUGCUUUAGUGUUCCUCUCAAAGGACUAUGAACUAGAGAAUCCCUUGGCCUCUCCUACGAACAAUUCGUUAACCUCCGCCAAAGAUCAGAGGUACCAGAGAGGCCUAGAAAGGAAAGAUAGCUGGGGUUCUUUUGACCUGAGGGCUGCUAUUGUAUAUCACACUAAAGAAAUGGAAUCUAUUUGGAAUUUGCAAAAGCAAGAUCCCAAAAGGAUAAUCACUUAUGAUGAAGCCAUGGAAUGUCCAGAUCAAUGAAGGUAGCAGGACAAGACUGCCUGUUAUAACCUUUCUGCAGCGUGAUGCUGUUCACAGGGGACAAAAGGCUUUUAUGCUCCUUCUAAAUCUUCAGUGCAGCAGAGGAACCAUAACUAGAAUCACAGGAUAAUAUAUACAAAUUAUAUAUAGUUAUUUAAAAAAUGGUGACUGAAAGUAAUUAGACUUCUUAAGGAAUAUGAAAAUUUAUUUCAGCAGACUUCACACAUGAUUAUUUAAUCUCCGGUACUGAAUAGGUUUUUUAGUUUUGUUUUUUGUUUUUGUUUAAAGAGCAAAUGCAAAUGAUUAACGAAUACAGACUCAAUUCACAAGCCUGGUUCUAAAGUUCCUGCUGUCAUCAACAUGGGCAACAGUGACGGUUGGAGAGGCAUUUCCACUUUACAAGGUUUCUGUUUCUUGUUCUGUGACUGUAGUGAUACACUAAUCACAGGGAAAUCGGGAUGUUUCACCAUCCUUCAUCUCCCCUUCCCCUCCUUUUUUUUUUAAUUUUGUUUUACUUUGAACCCUGUGCGAAUGCUGGAGAAACACCUUGAAGUUUGCAGGGUUUCCUUUUUUCCAGAGAAUAUAAUCUGCAUGUCUUGCCAGGAGUAAAACAGCCCAUCAGGUGCUGAGAAAAUUGUCUUAAAGCAUCGUUCUUCAGGGGGGAAGAUCGUAAUUCUGCAGUUCUGGGAUACACGUUGGUUUUACAGAGUUGACAAAACUCCGGUUACGCUUUGGACUAUUACAACUGAAGAUCUCUUUCACGAGUGUCAUUUUAAAAGACAACAUGCAAAACAAGCAAUUGGUUUAGGCAUUUAAUAUGGAAAAAAACCCUGUUCCCACACUUUUAUGCCAUUGUAUCACUGGGAGCAAAAAAAAUAUAUAUAUACAUAUAUAUAUCUAUCUAUCUAUCUCCUGCUAUCAACUGUAGGUGCUUCAUAUUUGCUCUGUCUGUCUCUUAACACUAAAUGUGCUUUUUUUCCUGUUUUCACUGAAAACCUGAAGAGAAAUUGUUUGUGUUCUGCUAACUUUCACCCUUCAAGUAUUUUUUUCUCUUUAGAAAUAAGUUUUUUAAAAAAGAAGAAAAAAAAAAAAAAGGAAAAAGGGGAAAAAAAGAGAAAAAAACUAUGGGAAUCAUAACCCUUUCCCAUUUGUCCCUGAAAGCAAUGGGUGAGGGAAUACUGUCCCGGCCAUUGGAAAUAUUCUUUUAUAUUUUAAUGCAGUCUGUGUAUUUCUGAGCUCUUUUGCUGCUUCUCAUUAUAUCUCUAUUAAAAUAUAUUUUAUUACAAGAGCAAAAUGGGGUGGGGGGUAGGAAUGAAAAUUUAAAAAUAAUCAAAACCAAGGACAGCUUUCUGGCAAUAGCAGAGAAGGCGGAAGAGAGUGCAGGCUCCAAUUGUGCGAUCCAUACUGUUGUGCUGCAGUGUGUGUGUAGCAUGUUAAAAAUGUGUUGGUGGGUUUGUUUGUUUGUUUUAGUUUGUUUGUUUGUUUUAAUUUGUUUUUUAGGUGCAAAAUUCCUGGGCUCCAAUGUAAGACUGAUCAGUUAAUCAUUGGUGAAACAAAACAAGUUUUCUGGCCUGUCCAAAUUCCAUACAUAUACAACUCUUAAAUAUUCUUUUAUGUUCACAGCUGAGUGCUGGCUAAAAUAUUUGGGCAUUUACGUUGACAGGAGUUAGCAUCUGGUAAAAUCAGACUGGAUCCCAUGGGGCAUUAGGGGAAGGAAAUAACCCCAUUACUUUUGCCUACUCUUUGUGCUUAGAUGUAUCUACUCCUUUUUAAAAAGAAAAUAAUUAGGUAUGUAGCAUGCGUGUCUUUUUUUUUUUUUAAUUGUUUCAUGCUUUUAUUGAGGUUGUUCCUGAAUGAAGCUCUCAGGUUCAUAGGGGGACAAAGAAACUUUAAUUUUUCCUGUACCUUUUUAAGAUUGUUCGCUUUCUGCCAUGCUUAGUUUUAAAAGUAUAACGAUGGAUUGCCUACUCCAUUUUAUGAUUUUUAUAUAUAUAUAUAUAUAUAUAUAUAUAUAUAUAUAUAUA